UCAUAAAAUUCAAACAGUACUUUUAAAUUCGCCUUUUAAAUUAAAUCAGUAAAAUCUAAAAAUUAUAUAUUCAUUCAAUGGAGUCCUUUAGGGUGCCGGAGGUGGACAUGAUGACCGUUUCCAAAAACUCUAUGCUUGAAAGGGAGUUCAUGCUGAAGUUCGUGCCUAGGAUCGGCUUGACCAACGUAAGCUACGGCAGCAUGUACAGGGUAGACAAGUUCUACCUAGACAGCCAGGAGUAUCGCGACAUGACCCGCGAUCCCUACAACAAGAUGCUUCCACCGAAGAGCUUCACCAGGUACAGAGGAAAGUGCGGUAUCAAGAUAGAUCCGAAUCUGAUUGAGAUGAGUCGUCCUCCCAGUGCGCACGUGGAUUGCAUUCCACUGGUGUAUCCCGUGGAGUACGGCCACCCGAUGGACAUCAGCGGGGGCUUCCGGUUGCAGGGGCGCUACGGCCGUCAAGGUGCAACUACUUUCAGGAAGCGUUAGCCUUCUGGUCUAAAUUUUAUAUACAUACAAAUUUAUAAUUUUAUAUUUGGUUCUCAAUAAACCCAUGUUUGGUCUUGGCGAGCA